AUGGCUACUGCCAGCCUUCAGGAUGGCUCACCAGCUGUUCCUGGGGCGCCCACAAACGGCACGGAUCUUUUCGAUGUCGGGGUGUUCCGCACGUACCUCUCAACCUUGCUGCCUCCAGUCAUGUCGGCUUCGGCGUCCGACCUGGAGGCUUCAUUGUUCGUAGAGCCAUCUUUUGAGGAGCAGGUCUUGCGAUUUGCAGGCGACGGCGGUUGUCAGGUGGUCUACAUCACGAAGGAACGAUUCGCAACGAUGGACGAUGAUGAAAUCUCGGCCACACAUAUCAGCUACCGCCUUUACCUUCCUCCCACUCCUCCACAUUCCUCAUCCACCCUUUCUACCCUCGCCCUAAUCAAGACCUCCCCGACCCUUGACUCCCUCCUUCCCCUCGGCACACAACUUCACUUUGUACAGCUCUCAUCAUCAUCCGCUCCAAUGCUCAUGGCGGAUGAUGGAGGCGUAUCAGGGGCGUCAACAGUCGUGUCAACCCCAUCAGCCCAAUCUACCCCGUACGAAGGCCUUCAUAGCCUAGUGCAUUGGGGUGUCGCGCCCUGGUUUGACUCGUACGUCAACUCCAAGCAGACUUUGCAGGAGGGGCUGGCUGCCAAGAAGGGCGGGGAGGCGCAAAUGGGGAUACCAAUCACAAAGAAGAAGUUUGCCGAGCUGGAGCUCUCCCUUUUACACCUCAAACAAAACGUCGAGAUACCCGAAGCGCGACUCGCCAUCCACCCCGCCAUUCGCAAAGCCGUCGCGACCAGUAAAGCCGGCGGCGACCGCAUCUCCAUCGACGCGGUCGAGCCACAAUCCCUCCUCAGCGAUCCGGCGUUCCUCAACAAGUUACAGGCGGAUGUCAACUCCUGGGUCAAGGAGGUGCAGGCGGUGACGAAGCUGUCUAGAGAUGUAGGGUCGGGCACUGCCAGUCAGGAAGUCAACUUCUGGCUGAGUAUGGAGCACGCGCUGGAGGAUAUCGAGGCGCAGCUGAGGGGUGAAGAGGUGUCGCUGGCGCUGGACGUGUUGAAGCAUGCCAAGCGAUUCCACGCGACCGUUAGCUUCAUCGCGGAUACCGGUCUCAAGGAGGCUGCCGAGCUCGUCCACAAGUACAACAUCCUGAUGAAGGACUUUCCCCUCGACGAGCUGCUCGCCGCGACCGAUUUGGAGAAAAUCCAGGAAGGCAUCUUUCAGAUCUUCGCCCACAUCAACAAAAAGCUCAAAAUAUCUCCUUACCCCAUCCGCCGUAUCUUGCCCCUCGUCGAAGCUAUCUCAUCGGAUCUUAACGACCAGCUGCUUCGCGUCCUCAGCAGCCAGCGCCUGAUGUACAUGGAUCACGCCAAGUUCGAGGUGGUCAUAUCGCAGGCGCAGGAGGUGUUUGCGACGUGGGACGAGAACAUGAAGGACUUCACGAACGUGGCAAGAGAAGUGUCACGCAAGAGAGCCGAAAAGUUCAUCUCGAUCAAGAUCAACCCCGCACACGCCAAGCUGCAGGAGCGGGUAAAUUACCUCCGAGCGUUCCGCCGGUCACACGAGCAGCUCCGGGUCAUGACCAGCUCGACCGGCGGGUUCAGCGGAUUGGGCAGUGAGGCGCCGUUUGAGAUCGAUAUGGACGAGGAGGUGCGCUUAAGCUACGAGAGCGUCAAGAAUGUCGAUGUGCUGGAUGUUUCGCCGGAGGGCUCGGAGAUCUGGUACACGGCGGAAACGGCGUACAAUGACCGAGUCGCUCGGAUCGAGAACCAGAUCAUCUCGCGGCUUCGGGAUAAGCUCGCGACCGCCCGAAAUGCGCAAGAGAUGUUCCGCGCAUUUUCGAAAUUCAAUUCGCUCUUCGUCCGACCCAAGAUCCGGGGCGCCAUCCAAGAAUAUCAGACUCGCUUGAUCGACUCGGUCAAGGAGGACAUCCGUCUCCUCCGCCAAAAGUUCACCGCCAAUUACCGGAACUCGCAGGCGUACCACAUGUCGCAGAUGAGGGAUCUCCCAUCUGUAUCGAGCGCCAUCAUCUGGGCGCGGCAGAUCGAGCGGCAGCUCUUGACGUACAUGAAGCGGGUAGAGGACGUUCUGGGGAAGGGAUGGGAGAGCUACGCCGAGGGUCACAAGCUCCAGGUGGAGAGCCAGUCCUUCCGGGACAAGCUCAACACCCGGCCGUUGUACGACGCCUGGGUGGCCGAUAUCAACCGUCGGGGCAAUUUGACGGUCAACGGCCGGCUCUUUGACGUCAUUCGGUCUCGCCCUACUGCCACGAACGCUAACGGCUCGCUUCAACUGGUCGUCCAGUUUGAUGCGCAGGUUAUCGCCCUUUUCAAAGAGGUCCGGGCGCUCAUCUGGCUGGGCUUCCCCGUCCCUCUUACCAUCAGCCACCGCGCCAAAGAUGCCAAGCGGGUCUAUCCCCACGCCGUCAGCCUCAUGGAGUCGGUCCGGGUAUACACUCAGACCACCGACCUCAUCGAGACCAAGCCGGACAUCGCCACCCUGCUCGCCAGCUACCGCACCUCCGCGCAGCAGAUGAUUACCCGCGGCAUGAACAUGCAGUGGGAUCACCUGCUCAAUGCCUACGACGGAGGUCGACUCGCCACCGGGGGAAGUACGGAUGGGCGGGAGAGCCGGCACUUUGUGUUUGUGCGGGAGUUUGCGAGUACGAUAUCCCUGCUUCAGGAUAAGACGGCUGCGGUGGUCGAGAUCUCGGAGGAGAUUGACCGGGUCGUGGAUGAGCUGGAGAGGUGCGAGUUUACGACGGAGGCAUUCGAGGCGCUGUUGAACGUCCUGCAGAAGACCGUCGACCACCUCAACCUCGAGAAUUACAGCAACCUCGACUCUUGGGUCGGGGCACUCAACGAUCGAGUCGACGUGGUCCUCAAGCAGCGUUUGGCGGAGGCUGUGAACGGGUGGUGUGUUGCCUUCUCGAGUAUGCACGGGGAGGAUAGAGAUCUGCCGAAUGGGAACAUGGGUGCAGAGAGCUCGACAAAGGCACUGCCCAUCAAGAUCACACCCCUCGUCCACGAGAUCCGCAUCCGGAACCAGGUCAUCUACCUCGAUCCGCCAAUUCAGUAUGCCCGGCAAGACUGGCUAGACCAGCUCCAGGACACUAUGGGCGUCAUCUGCAACCUCGGUCGGGUCCGCAGCUCCCGCUACGAGAUUAGUCUCCAGGUGGAUGGCGACGAGGAGGACCACACCUACGCCACACUGCUCGCCGACCUUGAUGAGGGCGUCCUCACUCGGGCCGUCAGCCUGAUUGAAGGUAAAGUCCGGUCGGUCGGCGAGUACGUCGACAAGUGGCUCCGCUUCCAAGCCCUCUGGGACCUCGAGGCGGACUCGGUCUACAAUCGGCUCGGUGACUCACUCGCUGGGUGGAGCCAGCUCCUCUCGGACAUUCGUCAAGCCCGCAGUACGUUCGACACGACCGACACCCGCAAAGACUUUGGCGUAUGCAUCAUCGACUAUGCAAAUGCCCAAAGCAAAGUCAAUGCCAAGUACGAUGCCUGGCAGCGGGAACUCCUCUCGCGCUACGGCAACCGGCUCGGGACGUCUAUGAAGGACACGUACUCGGCCAUCCAAAAGGCGAGGAGCGACCUCGAGAUCAUGUCGAUCGAGGGCGGAUCAACCGCACAGGCGGUCUCGUUCAUCACCUUCGUCCAGGAUCUCAAUCGGAAGGUCCAACAGUGGGGCCCGGAUAUUGAGCAUUUUGGGAUCGGACAAAAGACGCUCGAGAGGCAGAGGUACGCCUUUGCUGGGGACUGGCUAUAUGUGGACCAGAUCCAGGGAGAGUGGAGCGCUUUCUGCGAUAUCCUGAAGCGGAAGGAGGACUCGAUCAAGGAGCAAGUCGCCGGUCUUCAGCUGAAGAUCGUGGCGGAGGACAAGGUUAUCGAUGGCCGCAUCCGAGACUAUUUGGCAGAGUGGGAUACAAGCAAACCGCUGCAAGGUAGCAUCAAGUCCGAGACCGCCAUCAACACUCUCAGUGUCUUUGAGGGCCGCCUCACCCGCCUAACGGAGGACUAUGACCUUGUCUGCCGCGCAAAAGAAGCCCUCGACCUCGAACAUACUCGGGACGACCGCCUGCAGCCCGUCACCGAGGAGCUGCGCGACCUCAAGGCCGUCUGGACCGCUUUGUCCGGUAUCUGGAGUCGUCUGUCCCAACUUCGUGAACAGCUCUGGAGUGCAGUCCAACCCCGCAAGCUCCGCCAAGAGUUGGACAGCAUCCUCGCUUCGACCAGAGACAUGCCGAGCCGGAUGCGUCAAUACGCCGCUUUCGAAUACGUCCAGGAGACGAUCCGCGCGCUGCUCAAGGCCAACGUGCUGGUGGCGGAGCUCAAGUCGGAGGCACUGAGAGAGAGGCAUUGGGCUAAGCUGUACAAGGCGUUGCGGAUCCCGUCGAGCUUCUCAGCCACUUCUAUGACCCUUGGUCAGGUCUACGAGCUGGACCUCAAGCGGAAUGAGAGUCUCAUCAAGGAGGUCACACUUCAGGCGCAGGGAGAGAUGGCGCUGGAGGAAUACAUCAAGCAGGUCAAGGAGACUUGGACCUCGUACGGCCUGGAUCUGGUCAACUACCAGAACAAGUGCCGCUUGAUCCGUGGCUGGGACGACCUCUUCAACAAGUGCAGCGAGCACCUCAACUCGCUGUCGGCCAUGAAGCUCUCCCCGUAUUAUCGGGUGUUUGAGGAGGAUGCUGCCGCUUGGGAGGAGCGGUUGAAUCGCAUACAUGUACUGUUCGACGUGUGGAUCGACGUCCAGCGGCAAUGGGUAUACCUCGAAGGUAUCUUCUCCGGUAGUGCCGACAUCAAGCAUCUACUCCCCGUCGAGAGCGCCCGUUUCCAGAACAUCAACUCGGAGUUCUUGACGGUCAUGAAGAAGGUCAACAAGUCCCCCUUCGUCCUCGACAUUCUCAAUGUCCCCGGAAUCCAAAAGAACCUCGAGCGUCUCGCCGAUCUUCUCGUGAAGAUUCAGAAGGCGCUCGGAGAGUACCUGGAGAAGGAGCGGUCAUCCUUCCCCCGGUUCUACUUCGUCGGGGACGAGGACCUCCUAGAGAUCAUCGGGAAUAGCAAGGACAUCCGGCGGAUCAUGAAGCAUUUCAAAAAGAUGUUUGCGGGGAUCUCGACGCUGCAGCUGGAUGAGGAGGAGACGCAAUUGCUGGGCUUUGCGUCGAAGGAAGGCGAGGAGAUCUCUUUCCGGUCGCCGAUCCUCCUGAAGGACUAUCCCAGAAUCAACGACUGGCUCGCCAAGGUCGAAUCGGAGAUGCGCCUCUCACUGGCAUCAUUAUUAUCGCACGCGGUCGAACAGCUUCGAUCGCUCUUCUCGGUCGCUGCGGCUCCGGACUCGGCCGGCUUCCUCGAGUGGAUCGGCGGGUUCCCCGCUCAGCUCGUCACUCUCGCUAUUCAGGUCGUCUGGACCGAGCUCGUCGAGACCGCCAUCGCCACCAACGGCUUGAGCUCGGUCCUGGACCUGGUAUCGCAGACCCUCGAUCUGCUAGCGGAUACCGUUCUGCAGGACAUUCUCAAUCUGCAGCGGCGGAAGGCGGAGCACCUCAUCACCGAGCUCGUCCACCAGCGAGACGUAAUCCGGGCCCUCAUCAGCUCGGGCGUGCGGGACAAAGCCAACUUUGACUGGCUCUACCACAUGCGGUACUAUCUCGACGAAACGGUCGACGACCCCUUGCUCAAGCUGGAGGUCCGGAUGGCGGACGCAGUGUUCCCGUACGGCUACGAGUACCUCGGCGUCCCCGACAAGCUCGUCCAGACCCCGCUCACGGACCGCUGUUAUCUCACUCUCACCCAGGCGCUCGCCAACCAGCUCGGUGGGUCCCCCUUUGGACCGGCCGGUACCGGCAAAACGGAAUCGGUCAAAGCCCUCGGCGUGGCUCUCGGUCGGUUUGUCCUCGUCUUUUGCUGCGACGAGACUUUCGACUUUCAAGCAAUGGGGCGGAUCUUUAUCGGUCUGUGCCAGGUCGGCGCUUGGGGCUGUUUCGACGAGUUCAACAGGCUGGAGGAGCGGAUCUUGUCUGCCGUCUCGCAGCAGGUGCAGAGCAUCCAGCAGAGCUUGGCGGAAGCGGCCAAGAGCCCGUCCGCGGAGGUCGAGUUGGUCGGAAAGCGUUUCAAGAUCAACCCUCGUACCGGUAUCUUUAUCACCAUGAACCCGGGCUACGCUGGUCGAUCCAACCUCCCCGACAACCUCAAAAAGCUCUUCCGGAGCAUGUCGAUGACCAGGCCGGAUCAAGAGCUCAUUGCUCAAGUCCUCCUCUUCUCCAAAGGCUUCCGGAUGGCCGAGGUGCUCGCCUCCAAGGUCGUCCCUUUCUUCAACCUCUGUGCGGAACAGCUCUCCUCCCAGCCGCAUUACGACUUUGGGCUGCGAGCGCUCAAGCAGGUGCUGGCGAGCGCGGGUACGAUCAAGCGGGAUCGGCUUGCUUCGGAGCCGGUCGAGGAUGAGGCGGUGCUGGAGCAGCAGAUCAUGAUGCAGAGUGUGUCGGAGACGAUUGUGCCCAAGCUCGUGGCCGAAGAUGUGCCUCUUCUCAGAGCUCUCCUCGGCGAUGUCUUCCCCAACGUCGAAUACGCCCCCGUCAACCUUCUCGCCCUCCGAACCAAGAUCGUUGAGGUCUGCGCUGAGAAGCGGCUGGUCCCUGGCGACGCCUGGGUCGACAAGGUCGUCCAGCUCUGUCAAAUCCAGAACAUCUCGCAUGGUCUCAUGAUGGUCGGACCUUCCGGGGUGGGCAAGACCCAGGCAUGGCAGGUGCUGCUGGCGGCAUUGGAGAGGCUGGACGGGACGGAGGGGGUGUCGUACGUCAUCGACCCGAAAGCUAUCGACAAGGAGGCGCUGUACGGUACGCUGGACCCUACCACCCGCGAGUGGAACGAUGGGCUCUUCACCCACAUCCUGCGCAAAAUCGUCGACAACGUCCGAGGCGAGACGACCAAGCGACACUGGAUUGUCUUUGACGGAGAUGUCGACCCGGAAUGGGUGGAGAAUCUGAAUAGUGUCCUCGAUGACAACAAGCUCCUGACCCUGCCCAAUGGGGAACGCCUCAACCUUCCGCCAAACGUGCGAAUCAUGUUCGAGGUCGAGCACCUCCGUUACGCCACGCUCGCUACGGUCAGUCGGUGCGGGAUGGUCUGGUUCAGCGAGGACACCAUCGACUUUGGCAUGAUCUGCAUGCAGCAGCUCGACAUCAUCGCCGAAGACUCGCUCGGAUCGGAUGAGGAGGACAUUGACUCGGGCAGUACUGCCGGGAACCGGCUGGCGGUCCAAAAGCAGAUCGCUGCCCUUCUGCGCCCGUACUUUGCCCCCGGCGCCCUUGUCCAUGGUGCGCUUGACUUUGUCAAGUCCCGCGAGCACAUCAUGGACUUUACCGAGAUCCGCGCGCUCAACACCCUCUUCUCGCUCGUCAAAGCGACCAUUCGGCGGGUGCUCGAGUAUAAUGGCCGCCACUCCGACUUCCCCCUCCCCAUCGACAAGAUCGAGGGGUACGUCACCCGUCAUCUCCUCCUCGACAUUGUCUGGUCUUUCGCCGGUGACGCCCCGCUCAAGGCAAGGGCAGAGCUAGGCGACCAUCUGCGAAUCUCCUCCGGUAUCGAAUGCCCGCAGCUCUCGCCCGGCGGCUCGCUGGUGGACUUUGACGUCGAGGUAGCCACUGCUGCCUGGACAUCAUGGCAAUCCCGAGUCCCUACGGUCGAGGUCGAGACCCACGCCAUCACUGCGGCAGACAUUGUCAUCCCCACGAUCGACACUGUGCGCCACGAGGAGGUCCUGUACUCGUGGUUGGCCGAGCACAAGCCGCUCAUCCUCUGCGGUCCGCCCGGUUCCGGUAAGACCAUGACACUCUUCAGUGCCCUCCGCAAACUUCCGGACCUCGAGGUCGUCGGACUCAACUUUUCCAGUGCCACCACGCCGGAACUCAUCCUCAAAACGUUUGAGCAGUACUGCGAGUACCGCAAGACGCCCAAUGGCGUUAUACUCGCUCCAAAUCAGAUCGGCCGGUGGCUCGUGGUCUUCUGCGACGAGAUCAACUUGCCGGCUACCGACAAGUACGGGACUCAGCGGGUCAUCUCGUUCCUCCGCCAGCUCAUGGAGUCGAACGGGUUCUGGCGGACAAGCGAUCUCGCCUGGGUCAGCCUUGAGCGGAUCCAGUUCGUCGGGGCCUGUAAUCCGCCUACCGACCCUGGACGGGUUCCCCUCAGCCAUCGGUUCAUGCGCCAUGCACCCGUCGUCAUGGUCGACUAUCCAGGCGAAAUCUCGCUCAAGCAGAUCUACAGCACCUUCAACCGAGGGUUGCUCAAGGUCAUUCCCAACCUUCGCGGUCAAGCGGACGCCCUCACGGACGCCAUGGUCGCCUUCUACCUCGCUUCCCAACAGCACUUCACCUCGGACAUGCACGCCCACUACAUCUACUCUCCGCGAGAGCUCACGCGGUGGAGCAGGGGGAUCUACGAGUCCAUCAAACCGCUGGAGACCUUGUCGGCCGAGGGACUGGUCCGAGUCUGGGCGCAUGAGGCGCUUCGGCUCUUCCAGGACAGGCUGGUCACGGAGGCGGAGAAGCUCUGGACGGACGAUCUCAUCGAUAUCACCGCCAAGGCCCACUUCCCAAGUGUCAAUCUCGGCGAGGCGCUAGCUCGGCCCAUCCUCUACUCGAACUGGACUACCCGGCAUUACAUCCCGGUUGACCGGGAGCAACUCCGGGAAUAUACCAAAGCGAGGCUGCGGGUGUUUCACGAGGAGGAGCUGGACGUUCAGCUGGUCCUGUUCAAUGACGUGCUAGAUCACGUUUUGCGGAUAGACCGAGUCUUCCGCCAGAUUCAGGGGCAUCUGCUCUUGAUCGGUGUCAGUGGAAGCGGCAAGACCACCCUCUCCCGCUUUGUCGCCUGGAUGAAUGGCCUCAGCAUCUUCCAGAUCAAGGUGUCCAACAAGUACACUGCGGCCGACUUUGACGAGGACCUCCGGACUGUCCUCCGUCGUGCCGGUUGCAAGGGCGAGAAGAUCUGCUUCAUCAUGGACGAAUCCAACGUCCUCGACUCGGGCUUCCUGGAGCGGAUGAACACGCUACUCGCCAACGCGGAAGUACCCGGUCUGUUCGAGGGAGACGAGCACGCCGCGCUGAUGACGGCUUGCAAGGAGGGAUCUCAGCGAGACGGGCUCAUGCUCGACUCGCACGAGGAGCUCUACCGGUGGUUCACCCAGCAAGUCGCUCGGAAUCUCCACGUCGUCUUCACUAUGAACCCGCCCGCCAACGGUCUCGCUUCCAGAGCGGCUACCUCGCCUGCGCUGUUCAACCGAUGCGUUCUGGACUGGUUCGGGGAUUGGUCGGAUCAGGCGCUGUUCCAGGUCGGCUACGAGUUUACUCAAACCGUCGAUCUCGAGUCGUCGUCGUGGACGGUCCCGGCGUCCUUCCCCCAGGUCUACCGGGAUCUGCCUCUUCCGCCCUCUCAUCGGACGGCGGUCAUCAACGCCAUGGUGUUUGUCCACCAGUCGCUGCAGAGGCUCAGCUCGCGCUUGGCGUCGAGGCAGGGGAAGUACAAUCAUAUCACCCCGAGGCACUACCUUGACUUCAUCAACCACUACGUCCGUCUGUUCAGCGAGAAGCGGGAAGAGCUGGAGGAUCAGCAGCGACACCUUAAUGUCGGUCUCGACAAAUUGCGCGAUACCGUCAGCCAAGUCGAAGAGCUUCGGCACAGCCUCGCUGCCAAGCGGACCCAGCUGGAAGCAAAGAAUACCCAGGCCAAUCAGAAGCUCAGGCAGAUGGUAUCGGACCAGCAGGAGGCGGAGGCCAAGAAGGCGGCGUCGAUCGACAUCCAGGCGGCGCUCGUCCAGCAGGAUGAGUACAUCCAGCAGCGCCAGGCCAUUGUCAAGGAGGAUCUUGACCAGGCCGAGCCGGCCGUCCUCGAAGCACUUGCUGCGGUCGGAAAUAUCAAGAAACAGCACCUCUCGGAAGUCCGGUCCCUGACCCAGCCGCCCGAGGCGGUCAAGCUGGCUAUGGAAUCGACCUGUACGGUCCUCGGUCACCAGGUCGACGGAUGGAAAUCGGUCCAGAGCAUUAUCCGGCGGGAUGACUUCAUUUCCAGCAUCCAGAACUUUGACACGGCCAAAAUGUCAAAUCGGGUCCGGGAAAAGAUGAUGCGGGACUACAUCUCCAAGCCCGCCUUCAACUACGAGGCGGUCAAUCGGGCCAGUCGGGCCUGUGGACCGCUUGUCCAGUGGGUCAUCGCCCAAGUCCGCUUCUCCGAAAUCCUCGACAAGGUCGAGCCCCUCCGUGCCGAGGUUGCUUCGCUGGAGAAGCAGGCUCGGACGACCAAGCAGCAGGCGACGGUCGUCAUGGACACGGUGGUCGGUCUCGAGACGUCCAUCGCGCAGUACAAGGACGAGUAUGCGCUCUUGAUCAGCGAGACGCAGGCGAUCAAGACGGAGAUGGAGAAGGUGCAGAAUAAGGUGGACCGGAGCGUGACGCUGCUGGAAAGUCUGUCGUCCGAGCAGGAGCGGUGGGAUCAGGGGAGCAAGACGUUUGAGGGGGAGAUGGGGACCAUCGUCGGGGAUGUGUUGAUCUCGGCGGCGUUCCUCGCAUACGGCGGCUUCUUUGACCAGCAUUACCGCGAGGUCAUGCGUCAGGAGUGGGUCGACCACCUCUCGGCCGCCGGUAUCAGCUUCAAGCCAGAGCUGUCGCUGUCAGAGUUCCUCUCCACGGCGGACGAGCGGCUGGACUGGCAGUCUAAUGCCCUUCCGGUCGACAACUUGUGCAUUGAGAACGCCAUCAUGCUCAAGCGGUUCAAUCGGUAUCCUCUCAUUAUCGACCCUACCGGUCAAGCGGCGGUCUUCCUCCAGAACGCCUACAAGGACCGGAAGAUCACGGUCACUAGCUUCCUCGACGAGUCUUUCCUAAAGAACCUGGAGAGUUCGAUCCGUUUCGGCAACCCCCUUCUCAUCCAAGAUGUGGAGAAUCUCGACCCCAUCCUCAAUCCGGUGCUCAAUCGGGAGCUGCGGCGGACGGGCGGCCGAGUCCUCAUUCGUAUCGGGAACCAGGAUAUCGACUUCUCCCCGGCCUUCUCGAUCUUCCUCUCCACCCGCGACCCAUCGGUGGAGUUCUCGCCAGACAUCUGCUCUCGCGUGACCUUUGUCAACUUUACGAUGACACGGAGCAGUCUCCAGACUCAGGCGCUCGAUAAGGUGCUCAAGGUGGAGCGGCCCGAGGUGGAUCGGAAGCGGACAGACUUGAUGAAGCUCCAGGGGGAGUUCCGGUUACGACUGAGGCACCUCGAAAAGUCGCUCCUGCAAGCGCUGAACGAGUCGUCUGGUAGUAUUCUGGAUGAUGACAAGGUCAUUGCGACGUUGGAAGUGCUCAAAAAGGAGGCGGCGGAGGUCACGCGCAAGGUGGAGGACACGGACGUCGUGAUGCGGGAGGUGGAGAUGGUGACCAGCGAGUAUCUACCGCUCGCGCAAGCCGCGUCGGGGAUCUACUUUACCCUCGAACAGCUUUCGGAUAUCCAUCACUUUUACCAAUUCUCCCUCGACUACUUCCUCGAGAUCUUCGAUUAUGUCCUCCUCUCCAACCCGAACCUUGGCGGCAUCACCAAUCCCGUGGAGCGCAAAGCGAUCCUCCUCCGCGAUCUCUUCUUGCAGGCGUACAGGCGGGUCUCGCGGACACUGCUACACAAGGAUCACCUGGUGGUGGCGAUCUCGCUAGCGAGGCUGCGGCUGCAGGAGGAUGUGGCCGAGGCGGUAGCGGACGAGCUGGAUGCAGUCAUGGAGGUGUCGUCGGGCGGGCUGGAACUCACUGAGCAGCAGAGGCGGGUGCUGGCUGGACUGGGUCCGGACACGGUACGGAGCAUGACGGAGGACAUGGCGGCCGGGCCAGAACGAUGGUCUGCCUUCAUGGCAGCGGCGGCACCGGAGAAGGAUUUGCCUUGGACUGGCGGGGUGACAGAUGUUGUUCUCCAGUCUGCUCGGGCUAUGCUUCUUUCCAAGCUCUUCCGGCCCGACCGGCUCGCCCAGGCAUCCUCCGCGUUUGCAGACACCACAUUCGGCGCGGAUCUCACCAGCCAAGUCGACUACUCUCUCCAGACAGUCGUCCAGGACGAGGUACGCGCAACGCACCCGAUCGCCCUUGCCUCGGUCGCGGGCUACGACGCGAGCUACCGCGUCGACAAUCUCUGUCGGACCGUCGGCACUGCCUGCGUCUCGGUUGCUCUCGGUUCCGCGGAAGGCUUUAGCUUGGCGGACCAAGCCAUCGCCAACGCCGCACGUACCGGCACUUGGGUACUGCUCAAGAAUGUUCAUCUCGCCCCGUCCUGGCUGGGGCAGCUCGAGAAGCGACUUCACAGCUUAUCCCCCGCCCCGAGCUUCCGCCUCUUCCUCACCAUGGAGACCAACCCCUCCGUCCCCGUCAACAUCCUCCGCCAGUCUCGCAUCAUCAUGAACGAACCCCCACCCGGAGUUCGCGCCAACCUGCUCGACACCCUCCGCGGCCUGCAGCCCGCUCGUCUCGCUUCCGGUCCCGCCGAAAAGCCACGCCUCUUCUUCCUCCUGGCAUGGUUUCAUGCCGUCGUCCAAGAACGGCUCCGGUAUCUUCCACUUGGCUGGAGCAAAGCGUACGAGUUCAACGACUCGGACUUUGACGCUGCGCUCAAUACGAUCGACACCUGGCUUUCCGCGCUCGCCAAGGGCAAAGCCAACGUCGAUCCUGCCCAGAUACCCUGGCUGGCCAUUCGCACCCUCAUCAAGCAGGCGGUAUACGGCGGUCGUGUCGAUUCGGACUUUGACCAGCGGGUGCUGGACGCUUUCGUUGAUCGCAUCUUCUCGGCGCGGGCGUAUGAUCCGGACUUUGCGCUCGUGCAGAGUGAUCGAGGGAAUUUGGCUGUUCCGGAAGGGACGCAGAUCCCGCAGUUCACCGCGUGGGCGCAGAACUUGCCAGAGAGGGAGCCGCCGGCGUGGUUGGGAUUGCCGAGCAGUGCGGAGAGUCUCGUCGCGACAGCCGAAGGCGAGGCGAUACUUGGCAAGCUGAGGAAAAUGCGGACUACGGAUGACGAUGAUGAGACUGUCGGAUCGGCUACUAUGGCGGCUGAAGCGAGGCCAGCGUGGAUGACUGCACUGAAGGUGCAUGCGCAAGAGUGGUUGAAGAGCUUGCCUGAAACACUCUCGUCCACUCCCGCCGAGGACUCACCGUUAGCGAGAUUCUUCGCUCGCGAGACGGCCACCGGACAGUCACUUCUCUCUCGGAUCCGGCACGACCUGGUCGAUCUCGUCAAGGUCUGCGACGGGCAGCUGAAGCAGACCAACGAGUCCCGCACGCUCCUGUCUGACCUCAAUAAGGGCUCGGUUCCCUCGCACUGGCGAAAGUUCAAGAUGCCACGCGGAACUUCGGUCUCGGCCUUCAUCGCGAGCAUGACCCUGCGUCUUGCCCAGCUCGAGCGGAUCUCCACUGGAAACCAGGACUCGGGCGUCUGGCUCGGCGGAUUUUUCCAGCCCGAGGCAUACGUGACGGCUACGAGGCAGGCGGUGGCGCAUGCGAAGGGAUGGUCCCUGGAGCAGCUGGUUUUGGGGCUGGAUGUGGAGGAUGUCACGGCGGAGGGGUUCAAGGUUGACCGUCUGAAGGUGGAAGGCGCUACCUGGAAGACUGGCCGCCUCGAGCUCAACGACGGUCAAUACGAGCCACUGCAGACGUGUCAGCUGGUCUGGCGCAAGUCGGAGCCAGGCGGCGAAGAGAAGAAGGCAUCAACUGUCAAUAUCCCCGUAUAUCUUAAUCCGGAUCGGGCGGACGUCCUAUUCAGCGUGGACCUCGAGUGUGGAGGAUGUGAUCAGGCGGAAGUUGCUCAGCGGGGAGUGUGCUUGAUUGCUUUGUAG